AUGCGGGAGCAGUGGAAACGCGAAUCCAUGGCGCGGAAAUGGAGGUGCUGGGUGCACUGGGUGAAGCACCGAAGCACCGUACUGAGUGGGAUCCCUCGUCAGGGCGCCUGUGGCCGUCUCUUGAAUCAGAAAGAGGCAAUCGCUGUGGAUGAGGAGUUGAUGGCCUCACCGGGCUUCAGUGUGGAUCAACUCAUGGAGCUUGCAGGACUUUCAGUGGCCUGCGCAGUUGCGACCGCCUUUCCACGGGAGCAGUACAGCACCAAUCCUGCCGUGCUGCUGGUGUGUGGGCCCGGCAAUAAUGGAGGAGAUGGCUUGGUUGCUGCCAGACAUCUCCAUCAUUUUGGUUAUGCUCCACAUGUCAUCUAUCCCAAGGCGAAUCAGAAAAGUCAACUCUUCGUCAACUUGACUACGCAGCUGGCGCAACUUUCAGUACCGGUAGAAGCAGCGCUCCCGGAGAACUUAGAGAGAUACUGCGUGGUCGUGGAUGCCAUUUUUGGAUUCUCCUUCAGCGGUGCGGUGCGUGCACCCUUUGAUGAGAUCAUCAGGAGAUUGUCUAGUGGUCCCCCAGUCCUUUCCGUGGACAUCCCUUCUGGAUGGGAUGUGGAGCAAGGUCCUCCUGCAGAGGGUGUGACCUUGCAACCAGGUUUCUUGAUCUCUCUGACCGCUCCCAAGAUGUGUGCGGCACAUUUCAAGGGUCGCCACUUUUUGGGCGGUCGCUUUGCUUUGAACGACCUGGAGCGCGCCAACGCGGAGCUGGGGGCCCUCCUGCCUCAGCUGCGACAGGCGUGUCAAGGCCUGAGCGUGGUCCGUGAGGCGCAGGCCCAAGGGGUCUGCGCCUCCGAGCUAGUCCCCGGCCACCUCCCAAACGAGGAGGUGGAAGCACGCCACGGGCACCGGGCAGGGGGCAAGGAUGUUGUACCGGACGACGCCUUGCACCCCUUGGCCCGCCCGCGGCAAGCACCAGCAGCUGCGAAAUGGGACUGGGUGGGCACGAAAGGGCGCGUGCGGGCCCAAGGCCCCUGCUGGCGGCCAUCGUGUCCAAGUCCCGACAGCUGCAACGCAGGUGCAGGGUGCCCAGUACAUCUGCGGCUGCAGGAGCAGCACGGGCGGGAUACGGAACAGUACCUGCGAGCAAUGCUCGCUGAAGGACCGUUCCAUCCUUUCAGCAAGCAUGCGAGCCUCAACGAGGUCUCGGCACGCUUCGGGAGAGAUGUUCCGGCGGACUAUCCCUUGCCGGUAGCCCCGGGCCACGUGCGGAAAGCCAAGCACACCUGCCGCCGGCCCGACUGCCCGUUCAAGGGCACGGACCGCGCGUGCAGGGGCGGCCGUGAGUGCGAAGGCCGCGUGCGGCUUGGAUCGUUUCAACGCGUAAUCGGUUCUCCCUUGGUGUUCUGCAACGCGGGGAUGAGAAUCGCAUUGUAA